AUUUGGAAAAAAAAAACCGAGGGUAGAAAAUAAAUGGAUGAUGAAGAUAAGGCUAUCUUCGAUCGCAUCUUCCAGCGUUUCGACAAGAAUGGGGAUGGCAAAAUCUCCGCAACGGAGCUGGGAGAGGCGUUGCAGACACUCGGCAGCGUAACCGAGGAAGAAGUUACGUCGAUGAUGUCGGAGAUCGACACCGAUGGGGAUGGCUACAUUUCGUAUAGGGAGUACAUUGAUUUUGCUGCUGCCAACCGUGGCCUCAUGAAAGAUCUGUCUAAAAUAUUCUAAUUCGUUUAGCUUGUUGAGA